AUGGAAGAAAUAGAAAAGGAAAAGAAUAAAGAUUUGCUUGAAGAAUCAACGUUUACUGAUAACCGAGAUGUCAUAGAAUCAGAGAUAAUCAAUAAGACAAGUGACCCUUACUUGGUGACAUUUGAUGGGAAUGACGAUAAAGAGGAUGCGUCUCGGUUGUCUAGAGUUCAUAAGUGGACCAUAGUUGGAAUAAUAUCUAUUGGAUCUGUGUGUGUCACAUGUAUUUCAUCGUCGGUGGCCCUUGCUACUCCACAAAUCAUGGAACAUCUCAAUGUGAGCCACGAAGUGGCCAUUUUGAACAUUUCUUUUUUCAUAUUAGGAUUAGGAACUGGUGGUUGUUUUUUGUCCCCAAUCAGUGAAUUUCAUGGAAGGAGAAUAGUUUAUAUCGGUGGCUUAACAAGCAUGAUAGCAUUUGAAUUCCUAACGGCUUUUACAAGUAACAUUGGGGCUAUGGUUUUUGGACGGUUUAUGUCGGGCUUUUGUGGACUGAGCUAUAUGAGUGUCGCUAGUGGCUCGUUUGCCGAUCUAUUCAAAGCUAGGAAAAAGGAAGGCAAGGAUGCCAAUAAGGAGUUGAGUCUUGCGUUGAUUCUUUACUCGGUUGCCCCUUUUCUUGGACCAUCUUUGGGAAGUUUGAUAUCUGGUUUCAUAAAUACUCACUUGUAUUAUCGUUGGACAUUUUACGUGUUUAUAAUUUGGUCUGGUGUUUUGCUACUAGCAGUAAUAUUUUUUGUUCCUGAAACGUAUGAGCCAGUGAAUUUACAAAGAAAAGCUAAACGAUUAAGGAAAACUACAGGUGAUGAUAGAUACUAUGCAGCAGCAGAUAAGCAAACUACGACUUUGUAUGAAAGUGUUCUCACUUCAUCGAAAAGACCCAUAUUACUUUUGCUUAGAGACAAUAUGACAGCAUUGUUGAACUUGUAUACUGGUUUCACAUUGGCAGUGGUAUAUUUAUUUUUUGUUGCAUUUCCAUAUAUAUUCAGUACAGUAUACCAUUUCACCAUAAGUGAACAAGGGAUGUCGUUCCUUGGUUUAGUUGUGGGAAUGGUAUCCACCUGUUUAAUAUCACCAUACUUUAUUGACAAAGGAUAUGUUGCUUUGCUUGGAAAAAACAAUGGUGUUGCUAAACCUGAAUUUAGAUUUAUACCAUUGAUGGUUGGUGCUUUUGUAGUACCAAUUGGGUUGUUUAUUAUUGCCUGGACAUCAUAUUCACAUAUCCACUGGAUUGCCCCUAUUAUAGGAUCUGCAGUUUAUGGAUCAGGAACAAUUCUUGUUUUCAAUUCAAUCUUUGCCUACACAGUGGAAGCCUAUCGACUAUAUGCUGCUUCUGCUAUGGCCACAAACAGUUUGACUCGUUCAGUAUUGUCGUGUAUUUUCCCCUUAUUUGGCUUGCAGAUGUACAAGGGAUUGGGCAUUCAAUGGGCAACAACUUUACUUGCUUUGUUUGCUUGUCUUAUGAUUCCCAUCCCCUUUCUAUUUUUUAAAUACGGAGAGUAUCUUAGAAGUAGAAGCCCUUAUGCUUGGAGUAUCGAUUAG